AGAUCUCGGUUUAUAAAAGAUGCCAACAGGUUGCGAAAUCUCGGUUUAUAAAAGAUGCCAACAGGUUGCGAAGCUCUAUUUUCUAUCUCGGUUUAUAAAAGAUGCCAACAGGUUGCGAAGCUCUAUUUUCUCAUGGCGAGAGUGAUUCUCCGCAGUAUGAUGGUAUACCAGAAAGUAACAUCCAGCCUCAAAUCAAACCUCAACUAUCUUUUGAACAAGCAUGCAGUCUCAUUGGCAAACUCUACGGUUUCCAGGAUGUCGUUUGCUUAAAGGAGUUUAUCAGCUACUACAACCAAAACAUUUUGAUUGAGGCCAGACGACCGUACCACCAGCCCGGGAGCCCCCCUGAGAAGUUUGUGCUGAAGCUCACCAAUUCGGAAGAAUCACAGCUCUUCUUAUUGCACCAACAGCAGAAUGAAAUCUUGCUGGAGCUCAAGAAAGAAGGAAUACCAUGUUGCUGGCCUGUUCAGAAUGCGGCUGGUACGGAUCUGAGCUUGGAGAAGCUCUCGUUUAAACACAGAGAAACCGGAGGCUCCAUGACAGGCUCGUUCAUAGUCCGCAUCUUGGGGUACAUACCAGGACAAUCUUCAUGGGAUGCACCUCUUCUUACCCCAAAGAUAUGCUACGAAGGUGGACAACUACUGGGUCAACUUUCUACCAAUCUACAGAAUAUUUCUAUUGACAAAACUGAGUCGAUAAGAAGGAGUGAGGAUCUGAUCUGGUGUCUUAGUAAUGUCCCAAGGUUAAGGGAAUAUCUCUUCGUGCUACAGGAUAACAAAAAGAGGAGGGUCAUUGAGGAUGUAAUUGAUGCCUUUGAAGAAAAGGUUUUAAAGAUAGAACACAAAUUGAGGAAAGGAAUGAUCCACUCCGAUUUCAGUGAAUUCAACCUCCUGGUGCGAGAUAGAUCUCUGGAAGAAAACUUCAGUGACGUCACAGAUGACAUCAAAGGAGACGUGGUAGGGAUAAUCGACUUUGAUCACAUGAUGUAUUCCUGUAUCGUCUACGAUAUCGCUAUAUCGAUCAUGUACCUGAUGCAGUGUACAAAUCUCCAGUUGGAUCCGGUUGAAUCCGGCGGAAUACGGCUCGCAGGAUUCCUUUCGAAACGCGCACUCACGGAAUGCGAGUGGCGCGUUCUGUACUACUGCGUGGCCGCGCGCUUCGCGCAGUCCCUCGUUAUUGGUCUUCAUACCCACUCACUGCAACCACAAAACGACUACAUUCUCAGUAGCCAAAAGAAAGGCUGGCAAGUGCUCUUCGACUUCUGGGAACGAGAUGCCCAAGAUGUAUAUAGUCAGUGGAGAAAACAAAACCAGCAUUACAAUCAGUUUCCCAAAGAGCAACCUAUAGACGUCUGUGAUAUCGAAAAAGAAGAAUUCAAUAACAAUGAGAACAACGAAAGAUGUUGAUUGUUGUGGAGUAAAAAAAAUAUAGGGUCUACGUAGACGUACAUGUAAUUGUUUUUGAAACCCAAGAAAUUCAUUGUAUGGGCCAAUUUCUCUUUAAAACAUUGAAAGUUUGAUUUAACGCUAUUUAGAUGUUGCAUCUAAUCAUUAUAACUAUUAUUUCAUAAAGUCUUUUACAGGCUUCUUAUCUUUCUAUCAUGUCUAUUCAUAAUAUCUUCCUUGUCUUUGGUUGUUCUACUAUUCCCCCUUGCAAUUCUCCAAUCUUAACUUAACAAUCGCUUAUUUAGAUAUUUAUGUAUAAAGAUAGAGAUGUAUCCGAAUGGCUAUUGUUGGGGUGGGGUGUCUGGUGAACAAGGGGAUUGCUGUCAGCUUGUAGUUAGUCAAUUGUACACAUUCAUAUUGGAUUAAUUUGCCAAUUCCAUGACUCUUUAUAUUCAUUUUCUGUUAAAAUAAGUUAUACACUUGUAUUACUUAUUAAAAAGGAACACGAAGAGUCGUGGAAAUUGCCAAAAUGAAUGUGUACGACUCCCUUGUUCACCAGACAACCCUCACCCCAACAUUAACAUUCGGAUACAUCUAUAUUUUUGUAAAAAAUUAUAAAUAUCUAAAUUGUUGUUUCAUCAUGACUUCAUUCAAGUUCAAAGACACAAUAUAUACAUAAAGAGACCAGGUCCAUCGUUUCCAUUCCAAACAAAUGGCAGGUCAGUACAUGGAUUACAAGACAAGUAAUACGUACAUAUAUACCAAUAUAGAGAAUUAUUUAGAGUAACAUAAAUGCAGGAAAAUAAUUAGUUAAAGCUGUCGUUGAUAUCACGUUGGAAAAAAAACACUCAAUCAGUCUUCUAAAUCAGAGCUGGAUAUGUAAAUGGAAUUAAUCAACUACUGCAUACAACCUGAAAUGUACAGACAACAUUACGAGAGGUGUUUUGUACCCAAUUUCCACUACGGUAUCUUCUUAAUUAUUAUCAUUAUGUAUACGGCUGUGAUCAUUA